GUCUAAGUCCGGAAUCUGUUGUCCGGAAAUUAGAGUCCGCCUCUAUCCGCAUAUUAGUGUAUUAGUUACAAGUUCCCAUGUCUACAGUACCAUGUGGAAGCGUCGCUGUCACGCUAUUGUUUUCGGAUAUACUGGCCUCCCUAAGGAUUUUUUACCCUCUUUUGAGGUGUGUGAUGCAAAUAAAGGGAGUCUACAUCGACUUUAUUCGUCCUUUAUGAUUAUGAAGCAUGAUACAUCACAGUAAAAAAUCCUUAGGCCUGGCCUGAAGUAGUUUGACCUUGCCUGCUGUAGUUUGACCUUGCCUGCAGUAAGAUGACCUGGCCUGCAGUACACAGCAGUAGUAAUGUAUCCUUCGUAUCACCAAUAGAAUUGAAUUGUUUUCAACUUUAAUUUGUUUACUGAUGGAUGUCCGCCAAAAUAGGAAGAUGACAGAGUCCGGUGUGAAUCUUUAUGAAGAAAAGGUGUCGCAUUAUACAACCAAAUUAUUGAAAAUCAAAAGGGACAUUGACUUUAUCAUCGAUUCCUCAGAAAAUAUAGAUCUUGCCCAGGGCCAGCAAAUUAUUGAUGACAUACAAAAACUGUUAGCUCGCUAUGAAGCGAAAGCUAAAAAGUUUGAACAAUUCUUACAAGGGACUCGCACAGAUCAUAGUGCCAGUGAAGAGGCAGCUCAUCGUCUCACAUCUGCAGCUUUACAUGAUAAAGUGACGUCAUUUAUAGAGCACUUACAGUCCUUGUUGCCGUCAAUUUCACACAAGAUGCUGUCAACCAGACGGUCAGGUGUUUCAGGGUCGAGUCGGUUGACUGAAAUGUUGGUAAAACAUACAGCCAAAGUUGAAAAGGCAAGAUCUCGCAUGAAAUAUGCACAAGAGGAGGCUGAAUUGAUAAAACAAGAGGCAGCUUUACAGGCAAGUAGGAAUUUAUUAAAUCUGAAGAGAGAAUUAGAAGUAGCUGAGACUGGACUUAAUGCAAUUCACAAAGCUUUUGACUUUAGAUCUUCAAAUGCUAGCAAUAAAGAUUCUGCAAGUAAGCGAGGCAGUUAUAUUGGGUCAGAGACCAAUCGUCACAUUUUGCGCUAUGUAGAGGAGAAUAAAGACAAUAAUGUAUCUCCACCUAUUAUUCCUACAGAAGAUGUUACUCAGGAUGAACCAAUAGAAACUGUUGUACAGAUUCCCUCUACUGGAGCGGCUGAUACUACACGUGUUCUUAACCCUAGUGCUGUUGCGUUUAAGCCUGAAAAUAGAAAUGAGGCAUUUGACUUAGCAAAAUUAGUGGCAAAAAAUCAACUUUUGCCUCAGAGACUUUCUCAAUUUACAGAUGAACCAGCUAGGUACCUAACCUGGAAAUACGGCUUUCUUAAUGUAAUGGAAGAAAUUGGGGCGUCUAUCUUGGAACAUCUAGAUCUGCUCGUAAAUCAUCUUGGUGCUGAGUCUAAAACACAAGCAGAGAACAUACACGCUUCUAAUCCCAGGAAUUCUCAGAAGGCUGUGGACGAAAUUUGGAAGCGGCUUGAUAGCGAGUUUGGUAGUGCAGAAAUUAUCGAAAGAGCAUUGAAACAACGAAUAUACCAGUUUCCGGAUCUUAAGGAAAAUGACACUAAGCGCUUUUUUGACCUAUCAGAUUUGGCAGCGGAGGUUGAAUCCAUUAAAACCGACACAGUGUUGGGACCAGUUUUUAGCUAUUAUGACACUUCUAGUGGGAUAAAUGAUUUUGUUAGAAAAUUACCUAAACGCUUGAGGGAAAAAUGGGCCAAUCAGUGUUAUCGCUACAAAGAGACAAAUCGAACGUCGCAAGUACCAUUCUCAGUACUCACAAGAUACUUGCGUGAUCUGGCCCGUCUACGUAACGACCCCAGUUUUGAUUUUGAUGUUUCGUUUGUGAAGCCGAACAAAGUUCCUAGUACACAACAGAAAUAUAAACCCUUGUCACAGGAUUCUCAUCGUCAAACUUCGAUAUCAUCACGGAAGACCGAGGUUACUCCGGAAACCAACCCUAAAGGUGGGAAAUGUCCUAUUCAUGGUGAAAAUUCUAAUCAUCUACUGAAAGACUGUUUUAAAUUCCGAAACAGAACUCUGAAAGAUCGUAAAGACUUUGUAUAUAAAAAUGGUUACUGUUUGAAGUGUUGCGGGCAGAAGCGCCAUACAAGGAAAACAUGUAAAGAAACUGUCAAGUGUAAUGUUUGUGGUUCCCCAGAUCACAUCGGAAUACUUCAUCCAGACGCAGACUCUGGGAAACAGUAUGAGGGGGAGAAAUCACAAGAUAAUUACAGAAGUCAGCGACAUCAAAUACCUAGUGAAGACCACGAGGAGGAGAAGCUCCGAGUUGAAACUCACUGUACUGAGGUUUGUAGUACUCGUCACAGUACUAGUAAGUCGUGUGCUAAAAUACUGCUUGUCAGUGUAUUUCCCAAUGGGCAGCCAUCUCGAGCCCGCAAUGUUUACUGUAUGAUUGAUGACCAGAGUAAUAAGUCAUUGGCUACGUCAGCAUUCUUCGACGCCUUUAGAGAAUUUGGUCCAAGUGCAGAAUAUGUACUCACUUCAUGUGCUGGCAAGUUUACCACCUCUGGUCGGAGAGCAUCUGGAUAUGUAAUACAAUCUCUUGAUGGUUCAUGUACUCUGCAAUCACCCUGUUUGAUUGAGUGUAAUGAGAUCCCAAACAAUCGUAGUGAAAUUCCAUCUCCAGAAGUGGCAGAGAAUUACAGUCAUUUACGAGACAUCGCGUCACUUAUUCCACCCGUGAACGACAGUGUGGAAAUUGAAAUUUUGAUUGGUAGGGACUUGGUAUCUGCACAUCAUGUUGUAGAUCAACGUAUCGAUGGAGACUGGCUACCAUUCGGCCAGAAGUUACCUCUUGGAUGGGUUGUAAUUGGUGAUGUGUGUUUAGGUCGCGCACACCUACCCGAACAGGUCAGUGUGAGCAAAACAUCAGUGUUCGCUAACGGCAGACCUACAUACUUGCAGCCAUGCGAGAGUGAACUCAUGGUGAAGGAGGACCCUAUCUUCGAACGAGUACCGGGAGAUGAGAAACCUGGCUUGUCGAUAGAGGACAAAAGGUUCCUUAGCACUAUGGAAACUGGAUUCAAACAAACCCCUAGUGGACAUUGGGAGGCACCCAUGCCUUUUAAGAAGAAUAGACCCUUUCUGCCUGACAACAAGAGUAUGGCUCUUAAAAGAGCGAAUUCGUUUGAUCGGAGUCUCAAGUCGAACCCAGACAAACAGAAAAGAGUUAUGGAAUUCAUGGAGAAACUUUUCGGUAAUAAGCACGCAGAGUUAGCACCAGCUUUACCAGAUUCUACAGAGAAAUGGUAUUUGCCACUGUUUGCAGUUCAACAUCCUAAGAAGCCUGAUAGUAUACGUGUGGUGUUUGACUCAUCUGCCAAGUGCCAGAAUUUAUCGCUCAACGACGUUCUGUUACAAGGACCCGAUAUGUUGAACAGCCUGCUUGGUAUCUUACUUAGAUUUCGUCGUGAAAGAAUUGCAGUCACCAUGGACGUAGAGCAAAUGUUCUACAACUUUCAGGUUCCUGAGGUGCAACGUCGCUUCCUACGUUUUUUGUGGCACAAGAACAAUGAUUUGAGUGAGCCGUUAGUUGAGUAUCAGAUGACAAGACAUGUUUUCGGCAACACUGCCUCUCCUGCUGUUGCUAAUUUCGGCUUGCGUAAGGCUGUAGAAAAUUCUGAUCAGGACGUGCAGAACUUAGUGGGUAAAGACUUCUAUGUUGACGAUGGUCUGUUGUCAUGUAGGACCCAGUCUGAGGCUAUUGACAUUGUGGAACGCACAAAACACGCUCUCCAAGAGAAUGGAGAAAUCAGACUUCAUAAGUUUGCUUCAAAUAGCAGGGAUGUGCUUAAUGCUUUUUGUCAGAAAGACCUGGCUAAGGAUCUCAAAGAUAUUGAUCUCCUGACAGAAACUCUCCCCACGCAAAGGAGCUUAGGACUUUUGUGGGAUACAGAAACUGAUUCGUUCACUUUCAAGGUUAACCAAGUGGAGAAAGUUUACACGCGUCGUGGCCUGUUAUCAACAAUCAAUAGUAUAUAUGAUCCUCUCGGAUUUGCUCAGCCGUUCACUAUUCGGGGAAAACUACUGCUUCGGGAAAUGAUGUCCGUCACCUCAAGCAAUGACUGGGAUGAUCCUCUACCUGAGUCACUCUAUGGCCAGUGGUGUUUGUGGGUUAAUUCUAUGCACAACCUUGAGAAUCUUAGCAUACCACGCGUCUACUGCGACAUCUCUUUUGAUGACGCUUUGAGAAGGGAAGUUCUUGUGUUUGCUGAUGCGUCGAAAGAUGCGAUAGCGGCUGUCGCAUACCUCAAACUUUACGAUCCUAGUAGAUUUAGCAUUGGCUUUCUGUUAGGAAAGGCUAAAUUAGCACCUACGCAUGGACAUACAGUUCCGCGAUUAGAGUUGUGCGCUGCGGUACUCGCUACAGAAAUUGCUGAGACCAUUCGGGUCCAACUCGAUAUUCCUCAGGAUAGCUUUCAGUUCUUUUCUGAUAGUCAAGUCGUACUUGGAUAUAUAUCAAACGAAAGUCGUAGAUUCUACGUAUAUGUGGGAAACAGAGUGAGCAAGAUUCGUCUGUUCAGCAAACCGACUCAGUGGAAUUUUGUUCCGUCGGAGUGUAACCCUGCAGAUGUAGCUACUAGAGGUCUAGACGCUUUGUUAUUGCCAGACUCUAGUUGGAUUCUUGGCCCCGAUAUCAAGCAUAGAACUUCCCCGGAUGGCUAUGAUUUAAUAGACCCGGAUCAUGACUUGGAAAUCCGUCCUGAAGUAAACUGUUCAAAAAUGGAGCAGUCGGAGGAUAUGAUAGAUGUUCCCGAGAAGAAAGUAAAACAGACAGAUUGUGGAAAGGUGCCAGAGGGAUUCUCUAAGAGAUUCACCAGAUUUUCAAACUGGAAAAGACUUGUGAGAGUUGUUGCCCGUAUAAAGUUCUUGGCAGCUCAUAUCCGGAAGGACAGAGAACGCUUACCUGAUCGAUUUGAUGAACCAGAAUUUCUGCAAGAAAGUGAGCGUGCCAUCAUUGCAGUAGCUCAACAAGAUGCAUUCAGUUCAGAGUUCCAACGUAUCCAUGCUGGAAAGGAAAUUCCUCAUUCAAGUUCUCUCAAAACUCUUACUCCAGUUAUUGGUACAGAUGGACUUUUACAUGUCGGAGGUCGCCUUAACAAGAUCGACAAUGAGAUUAUCGGCUCAGGAUUAAGGAACCCUGUUAUACUUCCCAAGAGCCAUCACGUGACGUUUCUGGUGGUUCGUCAUUUUCAUCAAAAAGUAGUUCACCAGGGUCGUAAGUUUACAGAAGGAGCUGUUCGCACAGGUGGAUAUUGGGUCGUGAGUUGCAGGAAAAUGGUUAACUUUAUUAUUCACAAUUGUGUUACCUGCAAGAAACUUCGUGGUCAGUUUGGUCAACAGUAUAUGGCAGAUCUUCCUACUGACAGAUGCACUCCUUCACCACCUUUUUCAUAUGUCGGUGUGGAUACGUUUGGACCUUGGCCUAUCUCAUUCCGGCGGACCAGAGGAGGAUCUGCAACGCAGAAACGAUGGGCUUUGUUGUUCACGUGUCUUGUGACAAGAGCCAUACAUAUAGAGGUGAUAGAACAACUUUCCAGCUCGUCUUUUAUUAACGCCUUACGACGGUUUAUUUCUGUGCGUGGACCGGUCAUCCAAUUUCGUUCCGACAGGGGCACGAAUUUUGUGGGAGCGACAGAAGAUCUGGCCAUUGACGCAAGAUUUGUUGAGAAUGAUCAUGUUGCUGACUUCUUAUCAGACGGUAAAAUCAAGUGGAUUUUCAACCCACCCUACUCGCCUCACAUGGGUGGCGCUUGGGAAAGGUUAAUUGGUGUCGCCAAGAACAUCUUGAACUCUAUGUUGCUUCAACAGCAAAGGAAAAGUCUCACACACGAGGUAUUGACCACUCUUAUGUCUGAAGUUUGUGCAAUUGUGAACAAUAGACCGUUAGUGGAUGUAUUCAGUGAUCCAGAGUCACCUGUUCUUCUUACGCCGUCUAUGCUGUUGACAAGUAAGACUAGUUGUGAUGUCACCCCGUUCCCUCCUUACAACACAAAGGAUGUGUUGCGCUCGACAUGGAAACACGUGCAAUCACUUGCAGAGGAAUUCUGGAGGAGAUGGAGGAAUGAGUAUCUUCACGGUUUACAAUUGCGAAAGAAGUGGCAAAAACACACCAAGAACCUUCAACCGGGAGACCUGGUCCUCUUAAAAGACGGGGAGCGCUCUCGAAAUGAAUGGCCGGUUGGAAUAGUUGAAAGAACAUUUCCAAGUAACGACUGUGCAGUACGAAAGGUUGAGAUUGCUGUUGUGAGAGACAAUAAACGUGUAUUGUAUGUCAGACCAGUUACCGAACUGGUAACACUUUUGGAAACAGAUGAGUGA